AUGUUUUCAACCUCGUAUCGCGAAAAGACAGCACAGGUGGACGGCCACGAGGUGAAGUGUAGCGUGCUUGAUUUUGCCGACAAGCAGAUCAUCUCUCUGUCGCGCGACGGAGAGCUGGAUGUGACGUACGAUCUGCAGACCCGUCCCCUCGCGGUGGAAGGGUCCGGGAUACAGGUGCCUACGGUGCUGAUUGGAGGCAACCUCAAGACGCAAGUUCUGGCAGGCCAGAUAGGCCAGUGCAUCUCCAAGAACACUAUACUCAACACGAGUGGGAAAUUCUUCGCUAAAUCCGGGCCUGCAGACGAGGACCACGAGCUGCUUGUUGAAUUGGUGGCCUUGGUCAAGACUGUGCUGCAGUCGCAGCCAGCAUAGAAGGUUCGACGCCUCUGAACGUUAGUAGACGGCAAGGUUGCUCUUUAUGUCCGCAUAUAGAUGGAUAUGACUCUCUUGGGCCGACGUACACAUGCAAGGAGCAGAUAACACUAAACCGACGUCCGAGUUUGCAUU